AUGCCUCUGCCUGGGCACUUUCCUCCACAUCUGCAUAUGCAUAUGCGUAUGCAUAGCGCGGCUUGGUUCGCGUUUCCGUUAGGUAUACCCUGGCAUGGAAUGGCAUGGAAUGGCGGAUCAAUUGGCGUUUCCGGACUGGACUGGUACACUGGUAUAUGGACUCGCGGUAUUCUCUGGGUCUGUCUAGAUCUGUCUGUCUCUUGGAGUGGACUUCUAUUGCUCUCUACCAAACAUGGCGCUUUAACACACACACAAGAGUUUCGUCUUUCAUUCUCAUAUGGCCAGGCGAUUUGUCCACAGACAAUAAUGCAAUCAUAUUCCCUUCACAAUUCACUUCAUUUAUAUACUAGUUUUGUGAUCCUCGUUGAUUUCGGGUAUUGGGGGCAUUCACCACUUAUAGUGAAGGAUAUGGGCGGCGAAUACCUGUUCACCAGCACGCUCCCGCUUAAUUUGGCAGCAUUGAAGAAUGCUCCAGCAUCCCUCCAUAACUACAAUGAAGUGUCGCCGUACAUUCCGCUCGCCCACAACAACGCACUCCAGUUACUAGGCUCCUUACACCCAUAUAGGAACCCAAAGGGCCUCUGCUUAUCCCUUGGUUUUGGCCAUCUAUAUCUUGAGCUUUUUGAUAAUCCUGUCACGGAAUUGCGAAUUACGCGCGAGUACGAUAAUACGCCGCGCUUCGCUAUAAAAUGUGUUCUCAACCUAGUACUAAAUUACAGCUCAUUAUAUGAGAAGACUCGUUCUAUUGCAGCCAAGCAGAAUCUGAAACUAUUAUUACCUGGCACCUAUACCGCGACAAAAGGUGCGUCAGAUCUCAGCAAGAUGCGAGUUACUAAAGGCGGUAAUAACGAGCUAUACGUCUAUAAGUAUAUAGACUCAAAGGAACUCAAUUGUAGAACAUAUAUAUUAGAAGAUGCCCUAUGUUUUCACAAGUUCAAAACAAUCUCCUUCUACCAAAAGUACGCAUUGCAGAUCGCGUAUGGGCUUCCUCUUCAAACCCUUCCCAAGCGCCUAGAGCUGACUUCAGUAAUUUCUGGAAAUUCUAAUUACUACAUUGUAAAUAUUUUUAGAUACAAUUACUCAUACGAUUUGGCCCCUCCUUUCGCGCCUUUGCGAAAGCUGGUUAGUCUAGAGCCUCGUCCUAAUGUUCUCCGUGAGCGCAUGCUGAGGAUCGGAGAAAGCGUGCGCAAGUUCCUAUGCGCGGUUGUGGUGUUCGGCAUUCGUUCGCAGGCUACCAACUUGGCCGACUGGAUUGAAUUAAGCCAUGAACUUCUUGCUGAACAUUUUGUCAGUGCCAUUUCUACUGGCGAUGACAUAUCCUGUUUGCGCUUGGAAGAGCUGCUCGGCCUGCUCUGGUCAUUCGUUGGAGGAGAUCUUCGAAUCUGUCAUCGAUGCAAAGGGAAGAAUUUUGAUACGGAAAAGAUCGCGCGGUCUAUCGUUGAGAGGAUGGUCUUUACAGAACAAUUUGGUUGGAUUGUCCGUAUCAUCGUACAGAUAUUUAUUCCUCAUAUAGACCAAGGUCGAAACAACUUGUUCAUGAUCCGCGGCCGGGGUUUUAACUAUCUUCCGGAAAAGCAUGUUGGGCCUUUGGCAACAACGAUGCAGAAGAGAAUGAGGGGAUUUCUGCUCUUAGAAUACCAUGUUGAAUCUCAUAGCGGGAAAAUUAUCUGUGGGGAGUUCCCGAUGGAGCCUGGAUCUCUUAACUUCAGUAUUGAAGAUCUUUCUGUUCAUAGGGAGAUUCUCUCAAGGCGAUUUGCCGAUGAAAAUCUGUUGACAGUGGAAGUCUGGCCGGAUGAGGGCUGGAACUUCUACAUCCCUAUUAGGAUAUUUUUACCAUGA